AUGCAGGCCGCCCUCGAUGAGGCCGGUAAAGUCGUAAAAAAGCAGCGCACGUGCGCGGAGCGCGUGGAUGGAUGCAUCGACCAGCUGAUCUCGCUGGCAAUGGCGACCCGCGCUCGCUUGGCCGCGGGCCAGCACAUCGGCGCUGUCAAGGAGCUGCAGCAGCAUAUACAGAAGCUAGGCCUUGAAAAGGAGAUGAACAGCCAGACCAAGGAGUUGCACACGGCAGUCGGCAAGUUGAACAAGGCCCUGGAGAAGGUGUUUGAGGGCAGCGUUGAUGUCUGCAAGGCGCUGCGCAGCGUGCGCUUCGACCAGCAGACGCUCAACCAGGUUAUAGCGGAGCACUUUUACCGGGAGGGGCGCUUCCAGCUGGGGGACGCUUUUGUGGAGGAGGCGCGCGUGGCGGGGGCAGACGCCAUAAAGGCCCCCUACGUCAGCCUGCACGGGGUGCUGCAGCAGCUGCGCGCCCGCAACCUGCAGCCCGUCCUGGAGUGGGCGCAGCAGCACCGCGCUGCGCUGUCGCCCGACGGCGGCCCCUCGGCCUUUGAGUUUGGGCUCCACGCCCUCGCCUUCAUCGAGCUCCUGACAGGCAGCAGCAAGCACGGCGGCGGUGGCGGCGGCGGCGGCGGCGGCGGAGACACGGCCAUGAGCGACGGCGGCUGGGGCGGCGGCGGCGCGUGCGGCGGCGACCCAGCGGCGGCGCUCGCGUAUGCCAAGGCGCACUUUCCGCCUUUCCAUGCCAACCACAUGCAGGAGAUUCAGCGGUUCAUGGGCUGCAUCGUGUUUGCGGGGCGCCCGCCCAGCGUGGUGCCGCCGCAGUAUGCGCAGCUGCUGUCCGCGGGCGCGGCGUGGGCGGCGCUGGAGGCGGAGUUUACUAAGCAGGCCUGCAGCCUGAUGGGGCAGGCCGCCGAGAGCCCGCUGGCCGUCGUCGUCGCCGCGGGCAGCUCCGCGCUGCCCGCGCUCGUCAAGAUGGUCGGCGUGAUGGAGCGCAGCGCGCAGGACUACGACGCCUGCGAGCAGCUGCCCACCGACAUCCACGUCGGCCCCGAGUUCAUAUUCCACUCGACGUUCGCCUGCCCAGUGUCAAAGGAGCAGUCGACGCCGGCGAACCCCCCCAAGCUGCUGCCCUGCGGCCACGUGCUGUGCGAGCAGAGCAUCGCGAAGAUCGCCGACCGCAGCCGGACGCGGGUGUUCAAGUGCCCCUACUGCCCGAUGGAGGCGCGGGCGGACAACACGCGCGAGCUCAUCUUCCCCGACGUGAUCUGA